CUCAAACUAUCGACCUGCGAAAUCCUGUGACCGAAAAUGGAUCGUAACUAAAUUUCUGUCUCUAAUUUUGAUUAAUUUUUAUUUAUUUCUAAAACUGUAAGUACUCUUUGUUGGAGACAAUCCACCAUGGCGUAUUCUUUGAUGAGACAAAUGGCCAGAAACUUCAAGCAGCUUCCCAACUGUGCUAGAGCUCUUGAGAAGAAUUGUUCUAAACCUCUGGUGAAUGCAUUUAAUGUACGGUUUGAAACUACAACAGUUGCAUCAGGAGUCCCUGAAAACAAGACACCAACAAUACGCAAGGUGAAUACAGAGGUCCGUGAACAACUGGCUGGAUUUGGAAAGUAUGUUGCAGAAUGUCUUCCUAAGUACGUUCAGAAAGUGCAAUUGGCAGCAGGAGAUGAGUUAGAAGUACUAAUUGCACCGGAAGGUGUGAUCCCUGUCCUACAAUUUUUGAAGGAUCAUCACACCGCCCAGUUCGUCAAUUUAGUUGACAUUGCUGGAAUGGAUGUGCCAAGCAGGCUUUUCAGAUUUGAGGUCAUUUACAACCUUCUCUCUUUGAGGUACAACUCCAGGAUCCGAGUCAAAACUUACACAGACGAACUGACUCCAAUUGAGUCAGCCAACAGUGUUUUCAAGGCAGCAAACUGGUACGAACGAGAAAUCUGGGAUAUGUAUGGUGUAUAUUUUGUUAAUCACCCUGAUCUGCGCCGUAUUCUGACUGACUACGGGUUUGAAGGACAUCCUUUCCGAAAAGACUUUCCUCUGACUGGAUAUGUCGAAGUAAGAUAUGAUGAUGAGAAAAAGCGUGUUGUAGUUGAGCCAUUGGAGUUGGCGCAGGAAUUCAGAAAAUUCGAGCUGGAGGCCCCUUGGGAGCAGUUCCCUAACUUCCGUACCGACAAAUAUCCUGUUGUUGAAGAAGUUCCAAUUGACAAAAAAAGUUAAGUUUUUUUCCUCUUUUUUUUUACAGCCACUAGUCUUUUCUAAGCAGGACUAUUGGGUUCUGUAAUUAUAUUCUUGGUUCGCUACAGGCUUGUAUCAGACAGCUCACAUAAAUUAGUUCACCCAAAUUUAAAAUAAGGUAUGGCACCAAGCCCUUCUUUGUACAUUUAUUUGUUAAUAAAUUUCAUUGUUAAUUUAAAUUUGA